CCUGCUGCUAUUUCCCGUCCCCGCGCGGGGCAGAAGGACGCGCUGCUGCGGCCGUUUCCCGCCUCGCCCGGCGCGCGGGGAAGCGCCGCUGCCGCCAUUUUUCCCGCCCGGCGCGGGGGGGAAGCGCCGCUGCCGCCAUUCCCGCGCGCGGCCGCCGCCAUGCCGAUGAAGGGACGGUUCCCCAUCCGGCGGACGCUGCAGUAUCUCAGCCAGGGCGACAUCAUCUUCAAGAGCGCGGUGAAGGUGAUGACGGUGAACUACAACACGGCGGGGGAGCUCAGCGAGGGCGCGAGGAAGUUUGUGUUUUUCAAGGUUCCCCAGAUCCAGUACAAGAACCCCUGGGUGCAGAUCAUGCUGUUCAGGAACAUGACUCCCUCGCCCUUCGUCCGCUUCUACCUGGACACCGGAGAACAAGUUUUGGUCGAUGUGGAAGAUAAAACCAACAAGGAGAUAACAGAGCACAUCAAAAAAAUCUUGGGGAAAAGCAAAGAAACACUUGAAAAAGAAGAAAAAGAAAGGAAAAGACUAUCACAUCCUGCAACUUUUGGUCCCAGGAAAUACCAUCUGCGAGAAUGUAUGUGUGAAAUUGAAGGUCAAGUUCCCUGCCCUGCUUUUGUACCACUGCCCAAAGAAAUGAGAGGCAAAUAUAAAGCUGCUAUGAAAAAUGAAGCCUGAUAUCUCAAGUCAGGCAGUUGUGUUCCUUCAGAGAUGGAUGAUAAAGGUACAUCAGUGAGAGACAGCAGUAUCAGCUCCUGGAAAAAGGAACAAGUAAGCUUAUAUAACACAGACAUCCUUGCCUCAUAAUUCUUUAUCCACCUACAAUUAGAGUAAUUCAAAUAAACCUGUUUAAAAAAUUUAUUUGUGCCAGUUUUAAAAAGCCUUGCAGGCAACUGUGCCUGAAAACAAAAGGAAAAUGGUAUGACCAGAGUCCCAUUUCCUCCUCAUGCUUACUUCCAUACAGGCACAGUAUCUUAUAAAUUCAAAAAUACUAUUAUGUUUGCUCUGAGAUGGAGGGAAUAAGCUAAAAAAGUUAAUUUAUUCUAGAAUUCCAAAAAUUUAAAGGCAGUCUAAAAGUGUUCCUACUGUAAAGAAGGAUAGCUAAAUCAUAACAUAAUCCCAGGCUGUAAGUAACUGCUGAGUUUUCUUAUUAAACUGAUUUAAUUAUCACUCACAAA